GAAAACCGUUGUGCUCGUCGCGUCAAACGUCUGCGAGCCAUGUCCAGCUCGCUGGUACGGGCAACAGUUCGACGAUUAGGUAUCUAUUCAACGCGACAUUUAUCCUCAAUCUCUCUCCCCAUAGACAGUAUCGACUUCAGCACCGCUAAAGAUUCUCCACUGAGCUCACCUUCCCCAUCUCACCCUCAAACCCCUCCACUAGUGAAGAAAGCGCGACCCUCCUUUCAAGAACAAAAAUUAAACGAAUUGUCGCAGGUACUUGCUUCAGGAACACCUUCAGAAGUAUGGAGUCACUAUGUUAGCUCGACCAACCUCCUCGGUUCGACAACCCUACCACUCGAGAUACAUCAAGAAGUCUUGAGGAAAUGCACGCCUUCAUUCCAAGAACUCCGUACAAAUUCAGCCCUCAUGGUUCCUCGUGAUUUUACUUCCUCUCCUCAUCAACACGAAGGCCGUCUUCAAACCGUCAUCCGCAACAUCCGUACUGCUGGUACCCCUUCCAUAACCGACUAUCACUUCAUUCUCGCACAAUUUGCUGCCGUUGGGCAUUAUUCAGGGUCAAUGCAGGUUUUUAAAGAGAUGUUACAUAUGAACAUGUCCCCGCGUGGAUUGACCUAUUUCCUAUGCCUGCAAGCUAUUGCCCACAGGCUUACCCUCCCUGAACCUUCCGUCACCAAGUCCCAAAGAACCGCUCAAGCUCGACGGCUGCUCACGGAACUCAUGACAGACAUGUCACGGCGUAGAAUUCCUUUCACUUCCGUUACAGUCGAUCUCUGUGCACGUAUCAUGAAGGACGCGGGUGACACCGAAGGUUUUGAGGAUGUGGUCAAGCUAGGAUACGGAAUUGAUAUGUCAAAUCCUGAUCAUCCACCAUUAGAAGCUCUCGGGAUGGAAAACCCAACUCUCACCAUGACAGACUCGCAACCUCUGAAAUUCUUCCCACUCUCCACACCUGGUCUGAAUACCAUAAUAGAUAUGUAUGGUCGUCGACGCGACGUAUCAAAGCUCGUACAGGUGUUCGAGGUUCUCACUGCACCUUUACCUGUUACAACCAACAGCCCAUCUUCGUUUGAUGACGAUGACGAUUUUGGUAUUCUCGACCGGGAUUCAUCCCCUCCAAUGCCAAUCCUCGUCGCUCCUUCCACAUCUCCCAAUACCACAUCGUUUGCGUACAUGGUGCGACAUAUAUGUCAAGCCAACCACAUCCCUCUAGCUCGUCACUAUCUCCUUCUCGCAAUGAAUUUUGAGGAAACUGCGGAAAACGAUACUCGUGUCGCGUUGGAAUCGAGACCCAUAUCUGAAGUCCCGGCUCCCAAGGUUGCGGUCAAUGGACAUAUGGUCACUUCCUUGCUUGGUCUAGCGAACAGGAAUCAGCGCGUUUCGUUGACACGCUGGAUACAAUCUCAACUGUCCACCAUUGUUAAGAGAAAGCAAGAAGCUCUCACGUUUUACACUUCUUUCCGAGCGAUGUUGAUCGCUGAAAAUCGAUAUCAAGCGAAAAAGAUGUCUUCGAAGGACGAAAAAGCGGCUGGAGAAGUGGCGGUCGAAUUGGACCUUUCUUCCCCUGUAGCAUCUAUCGAUGAAGACCCUCUUUCACUUACCUACACCACCGAGGAGGCAUUCAAACCCCUUGACCUCGAUCUACACAUCCGCAUUUUGAAGGACGACAUCUAUGACCUCACCGAGCUCCAAAGCUAUACCGCCUGGCUCCUUGGUAAAACUGUCGAGCGUCUUAAGAAUCGCCUUGGCCGACGAGUUUGGCAAGGAAAGAAUAUCUAUUCCGUUUCUACAGGCGCGCGCCGAACGGUUACUCCAGAGUGCUGGGAUGAACGAGUUGUGUACAAGUUGUUAUCGGAAGAGGCAAAGACUUAUAAUCGGGCAAAAGAGAUGGACAGAGAGUUGGAUGAGAAGAGAGGACGUACCAAGAUACGUAAAAGCUGGUCUAAGAAGGACUUUUUCUCGCCAAAUUGAAGUUGAAGGGAGAAAUCUGCUCGGGUUUGGGGAUUUUGCGUUCGGCCUACUCGGCUGGGUCGAUCGAUUUACACUAAGUCGUUUGCUUUGAUUUUUCCAUUCUCAAGAUACAACUUUGUGCGAUUCUCUCCCUUCGUUUCCUCCGAGGUACUUGGUUGCAUUCACCUCAGUCACGAGGAAACCCGAGGAUGGCCGAAAGGGUUGUCCCUUCCCGUCUACGAUUGGCAGGUCCGGGAUGAGGGUGGUAGAUCAGAACAUAGAUGAAUUAUCGAGGAUCAGUUUGCGUUGGUACUGUCAGAUUUAGAUACCAAGUUUCCUGAAUACAAUGGAGAUGUCGUGAUUGAGUAAACGGAGUUAUUGGUGCCGG